AUGAUUGGUGGUUACAUAAGUCUGACCUGUCUUGAGUGCAAAAAACUGACAGCAACCGAUACUUCGCAAACCAUUGAAACCCACGGGUACAGCUUUGGGUUGCAGUAUUCACGCUUUAUGUAUGAAACCUGGAGCAUUGAAACGUUAGAUAGCUCGGCAGUUGUCGAAGUCGAGAUAGAUAUGGAUAUCGAGCCAAGUUUGGGCUGUUGGUAUGACAGUUUACAAAUAUUUGACGGUUCUAACAGUGGAGAAGAUUCUCUUGGAACAUUUUGCGGAACCUCUUCCGAUAAUACAGUUACAAGUUCUGGUCGGGAGAUGUACGUGGUUUUUCAGAGUGACGGUUCUUUGCAGAUGAGAGGAUUUAAACUCAUAUACAAACAGGUGAAGCAAAAAUACGCUAUCUGGAUGACUGUUGGAAUAGUUUUAGCAGUAUUCACAACCAUUUUGAGCGUUUGUCUGAUCCUGUUCCUCUGUGGUGUGUGCAAGUCAAAGAACGAGGUGUCCCCCAUCAGCCUCAACAAUGCACAGCACCAGCAGCCUGUCUGGAUGAUUCCUAGGCCACAUAAUCACUUGCAGGUAGUUCCUGGGCAGUUUGUACCACCACCGACGUAUCAGGACGUUACCUAUCAGAAUCAGCAGGCUAUGGAGAUGCAGGACAUGAACCGCAGAAUCUUACAAGGAACAGCGGACAUUGCAAUGGCAAGAGCAUCACCAGACAACAUAAUGGUAGAUUCACUACCACCAAGUCAAUAUUACGAGAAGACAUGAACGUUUGAUUGGACGUCACUAGUGACCUGUGUUCGAACAUUUGAUUGACAUCACAACUGAUAUGUGCUGUAACAUUUGACUGGACGUCACUAGUGACCAUUGUUCAACCAUUUGAUUGGACGUCACUAGUUACCUGUGUUGAACAUUUGAUUGGAUGUCACCAGACACCUGUGUUCGACCCUUUGACGUGACAUCACAACUUACCUGUGCUCGAACUUUUGAUUGGUCGUAACUACCAAAUAUCACCUUAGCAUUGUAAUGAUGUUGUGCUUUCAUAUAUUAACUUACAUUCAUAUUAUAAAUACGCAGCUAUGUUGGUCCCGCUUAAGAAAUGUUGAUAUCAUUUUCUUUAUCAUGUAUGUAGGUGUAUGACUUUGCACUCAGAUGUUGCCACGCCAU